UCCCUGUAAACGUGUUAACGAUGUUUAUUCAGCACUAACGAUGUAUACUCAGCACUAACGAUGUAUAUUCAGCACUAACGAUGUAUACUCAGCACUAACGAUGUUUAUUCAGCACUAACGAUGUAUACUCAGCACUAACGAUGUAUAGAAAGUGUAGAUCUAGAUAUAGAUCUGUUGUUUGCCCUCCUGCAGCCGGAGGCGCCUCCCGGAGGAGCAGAGACAGGAAGCACAAAAACAAGAAGCAGCACAAACACAAGAAGGAGAAGAAGAAGAAGAAAGGGAAGAAGCAGAAACACAAAGAGAAGAAGAAGAAGGAGGAGGACAGCGACGAGGACACGGUGUCGACUCAGGAGCUGCUCCGGAGACUGAAGAACGUGAAGUCCCGUGAGACCUGGUGAAGAAAUGAAGCGUCCUCUGUGAGGACCUCCGGCCUCAUUUUACACAACAUCUUAUGUUUGAAUCAAUAAAAAAGUUAGUCAUGAA